GGCGUUCACAAUCAGCUGCAUCAGAUGCAAAGCUGCGCUUGUUUUGUUGCGUCUCCGAGAAAUGGAGGGAAAGAGAAGCUUUCCGUCGCCAUAGCCAUUGUGUCUUUUGAUCCCUUGCGGGAAAUAUCGCUUCGUUGUGGCGGUGUUUUUGUGUUCUCUCGACGGAGAUCAACAUAUCUUCGUCUUGGUUAGGAUUCCACUUAUUUUAUCCUCGAGGUUUCAUUGUUGCUGAGAAAAGUAGAGGAGUUUCAGGAAAUGAUUUAGAAUUUUCGUUUUGACGGUGAAGAGGAACAGGAGUUAGUUUUAAUCAGCAACCGGCCUCAAUGUGCCGAGCUUGGGAUAAACGCCGGGUGUCGGUGGAAUCGGAAAAUGUUUGAGCGCGGCCGUAGAAGUAUUCUUAGGGCAGCUGGGGUUUAGCUAGCAUUUUGAAUCAGGGUUGAUGAAAUGCGACGAAGGCGGCCGUGAAAUGUGUAGCAGUCGGAAGAAGAAGAAGUUUUAUUCGGGCACUUACAAAUCUUGAAUGCUCAAUCUUUGGUUUAGGUCCGGGGUUAUGCAUUUCUUGGACUCAAGUAUCAUGUCCGCGCCUGUUUUUUGGAGUUCUACUGUAAGGAGAAGCCUCCUUUCGUCAAGUUCGAAUUUAGUCUACAUUUCGAUCACCGCUAUCGUGCACCCCGAGCUUGAGUGCAAGCAGACUCAUCGCUCGGCGAUAAGCCUUACCCAGAACUUGUCUUUUACAUUCAUGAUGACAGGAAGCGGAGUGAAAAUCUUCUCACUCGCUUGAUUUCCAAUUAGUUUGUUAGUCUACCUCCCCAUUCAUUCGAUUUAAAUAAUAUUCAGUGUGAGUGAUGCAAGCAAAAGAAUAAGGAGAGUAAUGGGUUAUUUUUACAACAUUGUGUUGACGCGAUUUUCGCUUCAUCACCCUUGAUUUUGCUAUUGUCGUACUCAACCAGGCUUUAGCGUUGAAAACGGUGUGAUUAGAAGCUGGUUUGUCAGCUGCAUACAUGAAUUUGUCUGUGUAGAAUCACUAAGUUCAGUCUAUACGAAUCUUCUCGAAUCAUUUCAAAUGUAGAAUUGGUAUGGUUUGAGAAAAAAAAUUAUGUACUGACAGCGGGGGAAUUUAGGUCAUGUGUUAUUUGUAAAUUAGUGGAGAGAGGAAGGCCAUGGAAGGAGACGUGAUCUCCGAUUUAGUGUGGCAGCUAGCGGUGCGCAUCUUUCCAAGUGGUAGAAAAAAUGCAGAAAAUGGUGGUCAUGGGCUGCAUAAAAAGCAGGGUGAUGCAACGCUGCACCGAGUGCAUCAGUACGCAAUGCGUAUUAUUGGAAGCAGAAUUGCUCCGUCUCUCGCUAACGACGAAGCUGCAAUGGCUGAAGCAAUCAAGAAACAACUAGUUCAAGAAAAUAGGUCUGCUGACGCCCUUAGUUUUGCAGACUUGCAUAGGAGGCUAUCAUCUUACAGUGGGCCUGGUUGUAUCGAGAAUCGGUGGGCUUUACUGUACCUCCUUCGUGCAAUUGCAGAAGACCAAAGAAGAGAGAGAGCGGAAACAAGGGGCUCCGCAAUCCCGUACACGUCCACUCUCACAGGGGCAUCGGCUUAUGGAGGCCUCCCUUCAUUUCCGUCCAACAGUACGCAUCCUAAGCUUCCAAAUUAUUCACCGGAGCCCGAGGUAUCGCCUGGCAGGACUAGCUCCUCUAGGAAUGGCACCCCUCAACCUCAAACUUGGUCACAAUCCUCACGGGCACAAUCACCAAGUUCUCCCAGUGGAGUUCUCAUUUUGACAAAAGAUGACGGAAACGCAAAGGCAGCUGCAAUGAGAGAAUACCUCGAGAUUGUUCAAUCAGAAUCAGAUGUUUCAGAAUUAGCCAUAGUGCGGGAUGUCUUGUAUGCAUGCCAGGGAAUUGAUGGCCGUUAUGUGAAGUUCAAUAAAGAUGUCGAUGGGUACAUGAUUGACGAAUCUAUCAAGGUUCCUAAAUCUACAAGAACUUUAGUUCGCCGGCUCUGUGAAGUAGGAUGGUUAUACCUGCGAGUCAAGAAUCACAUCUCUGAGAGCCUUGAGAAUGGUCCAUUGGAAGCCAUAGGUACAGUGGGUCAAGCUUUUUGUGCUGCUCUUCAAGAAGAACUUGCAGACUUCUAUAGAUUGAUGGCGGUCCUUGAGGGUCAGGUUCACCAUCCUAUACCCUUGAUGGGAGGAGUUGACUCUGCCAAUUCCGUUGGUAACUAUUUAUCCUUGAGAAGAUUAGUUGUAUGGCUUGGGGAGCCGUUGGUCAGAAUGCGGUUGAUGGCUGUGUUGGUGGAUGACUGCAAGACAUUGAGGGGCGGAGCCAUGGCAGGGGCUAUCCAUAUGCACGCUCAACAUGGGGACCCAUUGGUUCGUGCAUUCUUAAGUCGUCUUCUUCGCCAAGUGUGCUCACCACUUUUUGAAAUGGUUCGAAGGUGGGUACUUGAAGGGGAGAUUGAUGAUUAUUAUGGAGAAUUUUUUGUUUCGGCCAAGUCCGUGAAGGCAGAAGCACUGUGGCGGGAGGGUUAUCAACUCCAGACCGCUAUGCUUCCCUCUUUCAUCCCUGAACCUCUCGCUCAACGUAUUUUGAGAACAGGAAAAUCCAUCAACUUUCUUCGAGUUUGCUGUUCCGAUCAAGGAUGGGCACAAGCUGCUUCUGAAGCAGUCGCUGCUGCAGGAGCCUCUGCCAGCGGAGGUAUCCUUGGUUACGGUGAGAUUGAAGUGUUGGAGGCACUGGUUGCCGAAGCAGCGGGUCGGAUUGAUAAACAUCUUAUCCAAAUUAUGUACAAAAGAUAUCGAUUUCCGGAACAUUGCCUGGCGAUCAAGAGGUAUCUCCUUCUGGGGCAAGGUGACUUUAUACAAUGUUUGAUGGAUCUUGUGGGACCAGAACUUGCUCAACCAGCUAACACUUUAAGUUCUUUCAAGUUGUCGGGGACCUUAGAGAGCGCUGUACGGGCAUCCAACGCUCAAUACGAUGAUGGAGAUGUACUCGAUCGGCUCAGAGUUCGUAUGAUGCCGCACAAUGGCGGGGACAGAGGAUGGGAUGUUUUCUCCCUCGAGUACAAUGCUCGAGAACCUUUAACUACGCUAUUCACGGAAGAAGUGAUGGGCAAAUACCUGAAAGUAUUUAAUUUUCUGUGGAGGCUAAAGCGUGUGGAGCAUGCACUCUGUGCGACUUGGCAGACAAUGAAGCCUAAUUGCAUGAUUGCUCGGCUAUGGUCCAACAAAGAAGGGGGGCAAUCUCAGCUAACUGCAGUUCUAAAAAGGUGUCAGACCUUGCGAAAUGAAAUGAACCAUUUUGUGACUAAUCUUCAGUACUAUAUCAUGUUUGAGGUUCUUGAGUACUCAUGGUCCAACUUUCUUGAAGAGAUGGAGGAGGCACAUGAUCUUGAUGAGCUGAUUGCUGCUCAUGACAAGUAUUUAAGCUCUAUUUUGGAGAAGGCCCUGUUGGGUGAGCGCUCUCAGUUGCUUUGCAAGACCCUUUUCAGCCUCUUCGACCUCAUUCUGCGGUUCCGUGGCUUAGCAGACAGGCUAUACGAGAAUGCACGCGAAGUUCACACCAGGGGGGAGUCAUCAUUGAGGUCAAAAGGGAAAAGUGAUACUCUAUCCAAAUCCCGCCCUGGGCAGAGGAAGUUGUCCACUUCACAGCUUUCAGGUGACUUUUUACGAAUUCUUGGUGAAGAAAUGGAUGGAGUUGCUGGGGAAUACUCAUCGCUCCUGGAAGGGUUUAUUGCACAGUUGCCAGUUCAACAACAUGUAGAUCUGAAGUUUCUAUCUUUCAGACUUGAUUUUUCUGAGUUUUACACCCGUCAGCACAUGGGCAUGUCUUCCACUCCCAUUCGGCUACAUCGAACCCCUAUCAGGAUUCAGAAACCUUCGUUCGGCGCAGAACCUGCCUUGGUUUAAAGUAGGAUGUACGUUGAAAUUUGAGGCGGGAUUGUAGAUGGUCUUCAUAUGAUAUUACACAUUCUCAAAUUUUGCAAGGUUGUGAUGGUUAGAAUCUAGGAGGGGGUAUUGCGGUCUGAAAGCAGGUGUGCUGGGCAUGUCUCUAGCAAAUUAGUAGGAAAAUGUUGGAAUUGUUUCAAUGCUGGAGAAAUAUAUUAAAUCCUGGAACCUCUUGAAAUGGCUC